AUGGAAAUAAUACAAAAAAAAAAUUUUAAUGAAUGGAAUGAGGCAAAAUUUGAAAGAAAUUUACGUAUUUUGCAUACAUAUACAAAAUCAAAAGAAUUUUCUAUUGAUGCUUAUGUACAAAAAGAUAGUGAUAUAUCAAACAAAGAUAUAAAUAAUAUAUCUUCAAUUUCUUUUAGUAAUAAUGAAAUAUUAGGAUCUUUAAUUACAGUGAAGAAAAGGAUUAAUAAUAAGGAUAAUAAAAUUGCAAACACUUUUCCUACAUCUGAAUCUGUAUCAUCUGAUAUUCUAGAUGAAGAUGAUAUUUCUUUUAAUAAUGAAACAAUCAAAACUAUGAAGACUUCAUAUUAUUUUAAUUUAUCUAAAAUUGUGAUUUUUUUACAUAAAAUUCAUUUUGGAAAAAAAUUAAAUAAAAAAUCAUAUAUGAGUUGUAUUAUAUCAAUUAUUAUUUUAUUUCUUCAGCCUGUAAAUACAACUGAAAGAAGGUAUUCAAAUAAAUUAUCUUUUUUAUGUAAAAGUCUUAGUACGAUGUGUGGUACAAAUGAUAAUUAUGAAGGUACACCUGCAUUUUAUGUCAUGAAAGAUGAAUAUAAUAAUUAUCCUAAAAUACAUAUUCUGGACUUAGUCUUACAAAGUUUUGUUGAUGAAGUUGCUGGAUCAUCGCCUUUCAUAGCCUUUUUAUUUUAUCUUUCUUUAUUUUUUUUAAUUUGUUAUGUAAUGAAUAAUAACUAUAAAUAUAUGCAUUUUUCUAUUUUCAUUUAUUCAUUUAUUUUUUUUAAUAAAAUAUAUUGA